AUGGAGACGCCGGGGGUUUCAGCCCGGGACCUGUUGCUUUCCACCGCUCCCGGACCUGGGCGGAAACGCACGGCGGAGGCUGCCUCGGGGAUUGCGAGGAGCAAGCAACAGGUCUUGGACGAGGAAGAGUACAUCGAGGGCCUCCAGGCAGUCAUUCAGAGAGACUUCUUUCCUGACGUAGAGAAGUUACAGGCACAGAAGGAGUAUCUAGAGGCAGAGGAGAAUGGGGACCUGGAGCGGAUGCGCCAAAUCGCCAUCAAGUUCGGCUCUGCCUUGGGCAAGAUGUCCCGAGAGCCCCCACCCCCCUAUGUAACUCCAGCCACGUUUGAAACUCCUGAGGUGCACACAGGCCCUGGCUUGGUGGGCCACAAGCCCCGGUCCCGGGGCCGAGGACCAGAGGAUGGAGAGGCAGGAGAGGAGGAGGAGAAGGAGCCUCUGCCUAGUCUGGAUGUCUUCCUGAGUCGGUACACGAGUGAGGACAAUGCCUCAUUCCAGGAGAUCAUGGAGGUCGCCAAGGAGAAGAGCCGAGCCCGUCACGCCUGGCUUUACCAGGCUGAAGAGGAGUUUGAGAAGAGGCAGGAAGAGAAUCUUGCCCUUCCAUCAGCUGAGCACCAAGCCAUCGAGAGCAACAAGGCUGGAGUGGAGACUUGGAAGUACAAGGCUAAAAACUCCCUUAUGUACUACCCAGAGGGUGUCCCCGAUGAUGAAGAGCAGAUGUUCAAGAAGCCUCGGCAAGUGAUGCAUAAGAACACACGCUUUCUCAGAGACCCAUUCAGCCAAGCUCUGAGCAGGUCCCAGCUCCAGCAAGCAGCUGCCCUCAAUGCCCAGCACAAACAGGGCAAAGUGGGCCCUGACGGCAAGGAGCUGAUCCCCCAGGAGUCCCCCAGAGUGGGUGGAUUUGGAUUUGUUGCCACUCCUUCUCCUGCCCCUGGUGUGAACGAGUCCCCUUUGAUGACUUGGGGUGAAGUCGAGAACACACCCUUGAGAGUAGAAGGACCGGAAACAUCUUACGUGGACAGGACUCCAGGGCCAGCCUUUAAGAUCUUGGAGCCUGGACGUCGGGAGCGACUAGGGCUGAAGAUGGCCAAUGAGGCUGCCGCCAAGAACCGGGCCAAGAAGCAGGAGGCCUUACGGAGAGUGACGGAGAACCUGGCCAGCCUCACUCCCAAAGGCCUGAGCCCAGCCAUGUCCCCAGCCUUGCAACGUCUUGUGAGCAGGACAGCUAGCAAGUACACAGACCGGGCCCUGCGGGCCAGCUACACUCCAUCACCAGCGCACUCAACCCACCUCAAGACCCCAGCUGGGGGCCCCCAGACCCCCAGGAGCACACCAGCUCCGGGCUCUGCCACCCGCACUCCCCUCAUCCAGGACCCAGCCUCCAUCACGGACAACUUGCUGCAGCUGCCUGUCCGGCGCAAGGCCUCAGACUUCUUCUAG